AUGUUAGUAGAGACAUGGUUGGAAAAGGACAAGUGGACUAAUGUAGAAAGAGACUGGAAUGCAAGAACUGGGAGAGAAGGAGGUUGGAUUAAUGAAAGUGAUAAUGAGAGUGAUAGUGACGACAAGGACGUAAGGUUAAGAAAGUCGAAAGACGAAAAGAUCAAUGAAGAAGGAGAAGAAGGAGAAUUCACAUACGUUGGUAGCAGAGGAGAGUCGGUAAUAGAUUAUGCAAUAGGAUGUCAAGAAGCGUUAGAUCAGAUUAAGGAAAUGAAGAUAGGACAAAGAGCGGAAUCAGAUCAUAUGCCGCUAGAAGUAUACCUAGAAAAAGAAGUAGAGGUAGGAAUUGUAGAGAAAGAAGAGAGAACAAAGGCAAGGAGGGAUUGGACUCAAGAAUUGAUUGAUCAGUAUGGAGAAAGGUGUAAAGACUGGGAGCGAAAGGGAAAAGAGAUUGAAGAAAGAUGGAGUGAAUUGAAAGAAAAAAUAGAUAGGGCAGUACCUAAGGUGGAAAAACAGUGCGAAGUGUGGAAAUAUAUAAACAAGUACAGGAAAAAACGAAGGAGAGAAAUAUCUAAAAAGUUCACAGUAGAAGAGUGGAGAAGGUACUUUAUGGAAAAGUUAGAUGGGAAGAAUGAAGAAGGAAUUGUGAGGGAAGAGACAAGAAAGGAUGAGGCAAGAACAAAUGCAGUGGAUCAGGAAGAAAUGAGCAAGGAAGAGUUCGAGAGGCAGAUAGCCAGAUUAAAAGUAGGAAAAGCACCAGGAGAAGACAAGUUGGAAAAUGAAGUGUGGAAGUACAUGCCGGGAGAAGUGGAUGCAGCUCUGUGGGAAUUGCUGAAAAAAGUAUGGAAAAAAGGAGAAUUACCGGAUCAGUGGAGGCAAGGUACGAUUUGUUUGAUUCACAAAAAAGGUGAUAAAGAUAAGUUAGAAAAUUAUAGAGGAGUGACAUUGACAUGUACAGCAUAUAAGAUUUAUGCGAGUAUGUUAAACGAGAUGUUAAAAAAGGAAAUCGAAGGUAAAUUAUCAGAAAGCCAGUUUGGUUUUAGAGAAAAGAGAGGAGAAGCAUUUGAUCGAGUGGAUAGGAAAGUUUUAAAGGAAAGAUUAAUAGAAAUGGAAGUGAGUGAAAAGCUAAGAAAUAGGAUUAUGGAUAUUUAUAAAGAAACGAGAAAUGUAGUUAAAGUUGGAGAAGAGGAAUCCAAGGAAUUUUGGACAGAAAAAGGUGUGAGGCAAGGCUGCCCACUGAGCCCGACGCUGUUUAACGUGUACUUAGCGGAUCUGGAGCAGGAAUUAAAGAAAGGGCAGGUGGGAGGAUGCAGAGUUGGAAGAAAGAAGCGGCAACUGGAGAAAGAGGUCAAUANGGAAAAACGAGAGACAAGAGGACAGGAAAACAGUGUUAAAGUGGUGAUAGUAAAAGAAAAGUGCAGUGAAGUUCGAAAGAAAGAGAAUAAAGAAUUAAACGAUAAGAUGAGCAGGUUGGAAAGGAAGUUGGACAGCAUGAUUAGUAGUCUAGAAAGAAGAGAAGAAGAUUGGAAAGAGGAAAAACAGAUGUGGAUAAAAGAAAGGCAACAGUGGACAGAAGAAAAGAAGGCGUUAGAAGAAAGAAUAAGCAAGUUGGAAUGGGAAACAGAAAAAGCUGAGAGAGAGAAAAGGAGACCGAACAUUGUUAUAAAAGGAGCAAAUAUUGAAGGAGAGAAUCUGGAGAAGAAGGUCGAAGAAUAUAUUGAACAAAAGAUAAAAAUAAAAGUCAAGAUAGAGAAGGCUAAAGUGAUAAGUGUAAACGCUGGUCAAAAUGUGAGGAAGUUGGUGGUAGUAAGGCUGGCAAAUUUGAUGAAAGGAAAGGAGAUUUUACAGAGGAAAGAAGAAGGAGCCAAGAAUGAAGAGAACAAGAAGAUGUAG